AUGCAGCUCAAAGAUCAACGACCCCCUGUGUGGGUAUCUUGGUGGAUGGCGUUCUCGAUAGUGAUCGUAUCAUGGGAUGCUGCUUACUGCUUCUUGCGUCCGAGAAGUUUCGGUACAGGUGAUUUAGCUUGGAUAUGGGCACCUUACAACAUGGUACCUUACAGUAUGGUCGAUUACCUAUAUGGUCAACCAGGAUUAGAUGCCAACGACGGAUUUACCAAUGCUCAAGCUCUGAUGAAUGUGAUCGAAGUGUUCCUGGCCAUCGAAUAUCUCUAUCUCCGCCAUACCUCACCUAGAUCUUCUAACAGGACACCAAAUCCAGCUCAUCAUUAUCAUGCGCACGCUCCGCUGGUGGGAUUUGCCGGAGCGUUGAUGACGCUCAGCAAGACGGCUCUGUACUUCUUACAAGAAUACUUCUGUGAUUGGUGUAUGGUGGGGCAUAACGAUAGAUUCACAUUCUGGACGGUAUGGGUAGCUACGAACGUGAGUUUAUCCAUCAGUUAUACCUGGGUGGUCGUUCCCUUCAUCGUCUGUGUUGUCCUGGGUCGAUUCAUCGCUCAAGCCCUUAUGAGGGAUACAGCCAACCAAAUCGCCUACCUUGAAUGGUCUACAUCUCAAACUCAAAGUUCUCUUACUUCCCCUAAGCCAACUUCAACUACCUCCCUCACAGUACAGUCUGACUCUGAACAAGUCGAAUCCGACGCCGUGUCUACCUCUAUCACCCCUCCCGCCGCUCUUUCCCUCACAUUCCAUCCUCGAAAUCUAUCUGUCUUAGUGAUCGGCUCCAAUCGUCUCGCAGCUACAAGAGCUACCACUUUCUUAGAAGCAGGUGCCAAAGUCACCAUCACUUCUCCAGCACUGAUCUCAGACGCGUCUCCCGAACUGAAACAGCUAGAACAGGUCGGUCGAGUGAAAUAUCGGCAGUCAAAAAGCGACACUGCUGAAGAUUGGUCGUCCCUCUUUUCCAACUUGAAGAUUUCCUUAGUGUGCGUAACGGAUACCCUUAUCGGAUCUCAGUCUCGUCGAUCCGCUUCAUCUGCCAAAACCAUCUAUGAAACUUGCUCAUCGCUGCGAAUUCCCAUCAACAUUUCCGACCAACCUCUUUAUUCUACCUACACCUUCCCAUCAGUACAUCGAUUCGUUGGACAAAACGGGAUACCUUCCAACCUGCAAGUAGCGGUGACUACGAAUGGGCAAGGAUGCAGACUGGCAGGAAGGAUCAAGAGGGAAAUUAUAACUAGAUUACCAUCAAAUGUUGGCGCAGCGGUAGAUAAUGUAGGGAAAUUACGGUCGAAAGCCAAAUCAUCACCUAAACUUUCUGAAGAGGAAGAACAAAACCACGAUAUACCGCUCAACUCACCUGUCCCUCAACUACAUACUCCAUCUCUGUCCAGAGUCGGAUCCACAGAGAAAUUAUCGAUAAUUCCUGAUGGAGGAGUCGAAGGGUUAAGUGAGGAAGAACAGCAAUUACGAAGGAUGAGAUGGGUCCAUCAGAUGUCAGAGUAUUACUCUUUUGAGCAUCUUGCUAGACUGAAAGAGGAAGAUUUAGAUCAAGCAUUGGAAUUAUGGUCAACUUCGUCUCAGGAUAUCACCUUAAGCCACCACCAAUCAGGUCAUCGAAACAAGAAUGCAGAAGGAAAGAUCCUCUUGAUAGGUAGUGGACCUGGACAUCCAGGAUUAUUGACUGUAGCAGCUCAUCACGCCUUGAAAACAGCAACGUUGAUCUUAUCCGAUAAAUUAGUGCCAUCUGAGAUCCUAGCUUUGAUACCUUCUACAACGAAAUUACACAUCGCCAAGAAGUUCCCAGGUAACGCUGAAGGGGCUCAAAAUGAAAUGAUGGAAUUGGCUUUGGCUGGAGCUCAAAAGGGAGAAGUCGUAGUCAGACUCAAACAAGGUGAUCCGUUUGUGUAUGGAAGAGGUGGAGAAGAAGUAUUAUAUUUCCGUGAAAAUGGAUUCGAAUCAACUGUCAUUCCCGGUAUAUCAUCUGCGUUGGCUGGACCGUUAAUGAUGAACAUUCCAGUAACUCAACGGGGCGUAUCGGAAUCGUUAGUGUUAUGCACGGGAGUAGGAAGACAAGGCAAGGCAGUGAAAUUACCUGGUUAUGUCAAAUCUAGAUCCCUCAUCUUACUUAUGGGAGUAGCGAGGAUCAAUCAGAUUAUAGAAACGUUAACUGUCUCUUCGCCUAACGCGGAAGGACGGGAUGGAGAGAGGUAUCCGGGUUAUUUACCUAUAGGUAUAAUAGAGAGGGCCUCGUCGCCUGAUCAAAGGAUUAUAAUGAGUAGGUUGGAUAGGAUCGAAGAGUCUCUGAAGAAGUUGGAUGAGAGACCACCGGGUAUGAUCAUUGUUGGAUGGUCGGUACUGUGUUUGGAAGGUAAAGGGAAAGUGGAUAUAUUAGACAAAAUAAAUGCAUCGGAGGAUGAUGAGAGGCAGAUAGUGGAUGAUUGGUUGGAUGGAAACGAUUAUAAGGUUAGAGAGGGAUUACAAGAGGGUUGGAGGGAUCUCUUGAGUGAAGUUCAGUAG